GUGGGAUAUAUAUAUAUGUGUGUGUGUGUGUGUGGUAGGUAAGGUACUUCUGCCGCUUGAUGCUGCUGUGCUGUACUGUGCUGUGCAUCGACAUACUUACAUAUCAGGGUGGAUGCUUCUGCUACGCUACUGUGUAUGGGUUGGAUAUGCGGUUGAGGAUAACUGGUUGUUGUUAGUUGGGUGUGACUCGACACGACACGACGCGACACGACACGACCUGAGCUGAGAGUGUGGGUGUGGGUGUGGGUGUGAAUGUGAAUGUGAAAUAAAAAAGAGAGAGAGAGAGAGAAAUGGACGACGAACCCGAGCUCCCUCCUCCCCUUCCCGACCGGAACCUCCAGCUCCAGCUGCUUCUCAUUCUCUGCUUGAGCGUGUAUAUCAUUACUGCGAUUGUCCUGGUCCUCAAAUCCUACUGCGUCGCCUACGGCCCCUUUGACUUCACCCUCCCCAGCCCAGCACCUAGUCCUAGCCCGAUCCCGACUGACCAACAACCGGGGACGGGGACAGGAGCAAGAUCAUCACGAUCCCAUCACUCUAUCGAAUCCCGUCUCAAGACCCUCAACCGCGUCGCGCCCCUAACGCCCUAUGGGCGGUGGGUCAGGUCCGCGGCGGCAUGGAAUGAGCGGAGUGAGUUGUUGUUGAAUCCUGGUGCUGGUGCUGGUGCUGGUGGGGGGUGGUGUGUGCGAUAUGCCUCGACCCCGUCAAUCAGCAAGACUCGAUCCAUGCCCUGCCGUGCCGUCAUGUUUUUCAUGGGUGGUGUCUCGAGAGUUGGUUCUUGGAGUAUCAUAAUGCGUGUCCGGUUUGUUGGAGGGUGUUUUUGGUGGGGUGAUGGUGGCUAACUAUUCAUUGGGUGGGUGGGUGUGUGUGUAUGUGUGUACUUGACUAGUUAUUAGCAGUUUUGCGUGCAUGGUUAGGGAUUCAUACCCCCCCCCCCGGGAUUAAACAGUGGAUACCACAUUAUAAUUUUCUGGGGUUCGGGGUUUGGAGCUUGGGGUCUGAAAUCUGGGGUAUCUAAGGGUGGUGCGCCAUGCUAAUCCUUCAGCCGUGAUUCCAUGGGUUGGGAGAUCAGAUUUCAGUAUCUAGCUGGCUGUAUGGCUGGCUGGAUAGGGUGGUGCAAUUCCUUCGUAUUGAUCAGCUCAUCGUGAUGCUGUGGCGGGGCGGGACCUUGGUUUUUGGAGGAAUAGGGUUGCUGUGCCGGUAUGAUUGAUUGAUUGUACAGGAUGUAGUUUACCUAGGUUGGAUAAGCGGGUGUAUGGGAAUGGAGGUAUUGAUUACUGGAGUUGGAGGUGGUUGCUGUGCAUGUGCACACUGCACUGGCUUGAG